AUGGACCUGGUGCUUGGAACAGAAGCUAAACCAGAUCCAAUUGUGGCCUCAGGUGUCACCACCAAUCAAGCGGCUAUCAACAGUUGGAAUCACAAGGACAACACAGCACAGCUGCUCAUUUUGGUCACCAUCUGCUCUGACCAACAGCUCUCACUCAUUAUCUGUACGUCUGCCACACAAAUGUGGAAACGAUUCAUCAGUCAUUUCGAACAAUCUGCUUCAGAAAACAAAAUGUUCCUUUUUCAACAAUUCCUGAAUUACCAGUAUAAGGAGGGGCACGACAUCUCCAGUCACGUCACGGCCAUUGAAUUAAUGGCAAGCCAGCUACAGGAUGUGGGAUCUCCAGUCUCGGACGUUCAGGUUAUCACUAAAGUUGUUUCAACUCUUCCUCCCUCUUACCGCCACGUCAUUGCAGCCUGGGAGAAUCUGGACGACAGCAAAAAGACAAUCAAUCUCUUGCGAGCCAGACUCAUGAAGCAGGAAGCCAUGAAUCAACAAUACGGUGAAGUAGACACUGCUGAUGCUGCUUUCUUUGCUAAGAGAUUUGAUCGAUCAACUGGAGAGGCAUCUCUUUCCGAGUCGAGAUGCUGGAAGAAGAAGAAAGAUAUUAGACAACAAGAAGACACCAGAUCCAACAUCGCUUCCAGCAAUCAUGAUUGGCCACCCGGCUUCGCCUUUACCUCUCUUUGCCUUUCCAACGUCAAGAAAUGUAACCAAACUGAUUGGUAUGCGGAUUCUGGAGCUUCGCAGCACAUGAGUGAUCAGUUAUGGCAGUUCCAGAACUACAAUUUAGUCAAGCCUGGCAGCUGGCCGGUGAAGAGCAUCGGUUUGGAUAAUGAUCCACUACAGGUCCAUGGCGUUAGCGAUAUUCCAAUUCGAUGUCAAGUCGAUGGCAACUGGUUCAACGCUGUCCCAGGAUUGGGGGCAAAUCUUUUUUCCAUUCGAUGCGCCACUAAACUUGGAGCGGUGUGCACGUUUUCCGGAGAGAUGCUUACUUUUGCCAAAGAAGAAAAGGUUUUAGCUGUUGGUGUCUGCCAGUCCUCCAACCUAUAUCGUCUUGACAUUCAAUCUACUAGGAGACCUGAACCAGGUGCUGUUUCAUCGGUAGCCCAGUUGGCCAAAUCAGAGAUUCAUUCAAUGAGUGUAUGGCAUCAACGCCUUGGACAUUUAUCUGGUUCCACCAUAAAAAAAAUGGAGAAGAAGGGUAUGGGUUAUGAUUUAAUAAUCGCCCCUGGUUCGGAUAUCGACCAUAUUAUGUGCGCAACUGUUGCCUUUGGUUUGGAUGUUCGAUUUGUUUUUCACCUUUCGAUGCCGAAAUCGAUAGAAUCUUACUAUCAGGAAUGCGGCAGAGAUGGCCUGGAUGGACAGUUGGCCCACUGCAUCCUGUUUUACAAAUAUGCAGAUUCACAUGCCCAUCAGAAGCUCAUUUAUUAUGGAAACUAA